AUGGAGCAACAGCGUGUAGACUAUCGUGUCCUGGGAGGUUGGGGAGCUCUGACCGUGGAUGGUGUUGGGGGUGUGAGGCUGUGGCGCGCCUUAGACCGUGAAGGUGGUGGUGGGGGGGUGGGUGUUGCACGGGUGGUGGCUGUGGAUGAAGGCCACCCCUCUCUCUCCUCCACCGCCACACUCACCAUCACUCUUGACGAUGUCAACGACUGUCCUCCGCGGCUCCUGCCCCCGACCCUCCUCCACGUGACUGAGGGCGCUCCUGCCUCCCUCUUGGGUCUUCUUACCGCAACUGACGACGACAUGUGGGCGCUGGGCCACGGCCCCCCCUUCGUCUUUACCCUGGCGCCCAGCAACCCCUCUCACGUUCUUAACACCCUCAACAUCAAUUACCUUCCAAGUUUAGACAGUGGGCGCGGUGGAGCUCAGGUUUGGACGAUGGGGCCAUUGGAUAGAGAGGAGCACCGUCAGCUGGCAGCCGAGAUAGUGGUGACAGAUGCUGGUGGACUGGCUGCUACUCACCCUAUCACCAUUAUUGUUGAUGACAUUAAUGACAACCCCAUGAGACCUGGUUUCAAGACCGUCCACCUGUGGAAGACUCAGAUCUGA